AUGGCUUCUGUUAAUCGUCCCACGAACAAUACCGUCAAGGAGAAGGACAUCAACCAAAAACUCCAGCUCUACGGCAUCUACCAAGCCUUCGCCAAUGGCAAGGUCCCCUCCAACAAGCAGAUUGAUGUCGCGCUCAACAGUGCCCUUGCAUCCAAGGCGCUCUCUUCACCCUCUCCAAAGCUCUCCGAGGAGGGUCGCAAACUGGUUGGCGACCUGAAAGAGGUCAUCCGUCAAGCCAAAUACCUGUUGCUGUCCAAGAAUGAGGGAAAUCUGCUUCAGGAGUUCAUCUGGGAUGCCCAGCACCUGGACGGCAGCAAUGCCAACCUCCCCAAAGCCCCUAUGGACAAAACCACCGCUCAACAGCACGGUGAUCAAGCGUUAGAAGGUCUCAAGACCCUCGGCAGACUCAUCCUCUCGAAUGGCCAAUUCCGCAAACUCCUGAAUGAUGCCACGAUCCUUAUGCGGGACAUGGCUGGCGAUGCCGCUCAGAAUGUCGCCAGCCGUGUCAAUCCUUCCGAAGACCAGCUGAAUCAAAUCGACCACCCGGCUGAAGAUAACACCUGGCACGACGUUCCAGACUUGUCCCGAGAGAGUCUGAAGAACCAAGCACGCGAUGCUUACAACCAGAACAAGCCUUUCAGCAGAGAGGAAGCCAAGGACGCCGCACAGCAGGGCGUGGACACUGCUCAGCAGCAUCCGAGUCAGGAUAAUCAAGAGGCCGGACGCGCAGGACUGCAAAAUGCAACAGAAAUUCUGAGGGACCGUGCACGGCAGAAUAUUCCAGAUGAACGCCAGGAAGAUGUAAAGAAGGCCAAGGAAGCCACAUUUCAGCACACCAAGAACUAUAUGGAUAAGAAGAUACCCCAAGAGCGCCGUGACCAGACUAUCUGGCGCCUUAAGAAGAUGGUAGUGGAGAUCCAAGGCCACUCCGACUAUCGCCAAGCUAUUGACACACUCCUCUCUCUCGCAGAGACAUAUGGUGGCCAUGCCAACAACUUGACUUCGCAGUCGGCGGGAACUGUUAAAGGUGCUCAUGAAGACGAUCGCUUGAAGAGAGCAGAGGCUAACCUGAAGACACUUAUUGAACGCUUCGCCAACUACACAAGUACCGAUGACUUCUUCGACGCCUUGAACAACAUCUACCGAGACGCAGAUCGUGAUCCAGAACUCAAAGAUUGGUUUGGAGCUGUUGACAAGUACAUCCGCAAGUGCCUGCAGGAGCAAGGAUACAUCCUCCAAGAUGCAGCCAAUGAGGAAUACAACCGCCUUCACGACGAAGGCCGAUUCCUCCUUCGCGACCGCUAUCGGGAUCACACCGACCGCGUCCUCGACGAAAUCAAGUUCCUCGGCGAUCAGUUUGACCAGGACCCACAGAACAAGGCAUUUGGGGAUGCCGUGACGAAAAUGUUUCUCGACCUAGGUAACGAUGAGAACGGCAAGCCCACGUUCAAGCCUCAUUUGAUCAAGGAUCUCACCGAGGUUAUCAUCCCCGAGAUCUUCGAAAACACUCGCUACAUUCCAAUUCCCAGAAUCGAGGUUUCAGACCCCAUGAUUGACGCUGUGGUGGAAAACCUUGUCAUCGAGAGCGACAAUCUCUUCCCCAACGUAUUGGAGUUUGGUAGUGACAACUAUUUCCGCAUGGGUCGCAAGGGAAUCUCCAACAAGAGGGAGAACAAGGUCACCAUCGCCGGCUCCGGCGUUCAGAUGGACUUGCAAGACGUGGCAUAUUACAUCAAGAAGAAGCAAGGGUUCCCAUCCAUCACCGACAAGGGAGUCAUGGACAUUUUCCUCGGAGGCGAAGGCUUCAGUUUCAAGAUCUCGGCGCGAAAUGCCACCGCCACUGACCGCAGUCACUUCGUGGCCGUGGACAAGGUGGACGUGACAAUUAAGCAUUUGAACGUCAAGAUCAAACAGUCCAACCACAAAUUGUUGUUCAAGAUUGCUAAGCCGUUGGUGCUGAAGACAAUGAAGCCCGCUAUUCAAAAGGUGCUCGAAAAACAGAUCAAGGACGCCUUCUUGAAAGCGGACGCCUUCGCUUUCAGCGUUCACCAAGAUGUGGAACGCGCCAAACAAGCCACUAAGGACGAUCCUGAGAAUGCUCCAAACAUCUGGCAAGCUUACUGGAACUCCUACCAGAAGAUUUUGACCGAGAAGAAAGAGAAGGCCAAAGAUGUCGCCUCCAAGACCAACGUCAAUAUGGCCAUGACAAAGCAAGACGCCAUGUUCAAGCACAUCAACUUGCCCGGCGGUGUGUCGACCAAGGCGACAGAGUACAAGGAGCUUGCGGCCAAGGGGGAUCGUUGGGAAUCGCCAAUCUUCAGCAUCGGCGACGCGAAGGAGUCCACUGACAUUCCCAAGCCGCAAUCGGUCACCCGCAAACCCCAUGAGACGGCUGCUGGUAUUGUCCGUGGUGGCAAUCAUCCGCACUCGGAAGACAACAUGUCAUCUGUUACUGGCACGACGGUAACCAGCAACCCUGCCGGUGCCACAACUGGUUUUAGCAACCAAGUCGAUCGAGCCUUCGACACUAACAAAGACAUCACCAACGGUAGCGCCAACAAGACCUACUACGACGGCGUUACUUCCCACUAG